AUGCCUCCGCCAUGUAGAUGUCCAACCGCCGCACUCCUGGGUUUGGCUCUGGUGAUCCUCGCGCCCGUGGUCCACACCCUACGGCCAUCGGAGGACGCCCACAGCCUGGAGGUAGGCGGUGGACCCACAUCUCGGAGACCGCCGAACAAUCACGAGGCCAACGAUAUUUACCUAAGAAGGCAACUCCAGAUCCCGCCCCAUCUCGAUGUGGACCUAUGGGCGCUCCCGGAUUGCCCGCCCCAUAUUAGGCCAAACCAUACGCUGGAGGUGCUCGCCAAACUGGCUAUCCACGGCAUUCAUGGGAGAGCCGUUCAGGCUGGGCGCUACUUCAUGGGCUGCACAUAUAUGGAGGUAUGCGACGAGAUUGCCAGGCGCUUCCCGUACUUCAAUUCCUCCCAGGCGGGAGCAUGGAGGAACUCCGUCCGGAGCGUGUUGACGAAGAAGCGGGUGUUCGACCAUGACGAGGACGAGAAGCCGGGCGGGUGGUGGCUCGACUUCUCUCAUGGCGAAGGUGACAAGCUCCCUCGCAAGCGUGGAUCCGGGAGCUCCAGCGACUUUGAGUAGGUGUGAAAGCGCCUGCAAUCGAUCUAUCAUGGCGCCCAGCACGCCCACAGAGGCGCCCUCAUUACGCACACAGCAUAGCAAUAUACGCAUCGCAUCGUUCGUCUGUACUUGUACAUGCACUCGUUUCCUCCAGCAUAGCCUGUACUACGAAUCUCCUCGUCAUCCUGUAUUCCCAUAUCCACUAGCAUCCCAUUGUUGUACUUCCUUACAUCCUGUACCAAAUCAUAGCAAUCCCAUCAUGUCACUCUUCCUAUCGUAAACGCAUCGCAAGCCUUCGUAUACAAUAUACAUAUCUCAAACCAUCUGGUAUAUGGAUCCAGGCGCCCACACUGCAGCUUCCCUAAACCAUAUCAUGAUACGCCCCGGCGUCCUUUCCUUCAAGUAGCCGUGCGCUCGAUCGUCGUAAUAUUCAUCUUGUCCGUGCUGCUGACGGGGCUGCCGGGAGGCUG